AAAAAUUCAACCAACUUCUCUCUGGUUUAUAACGAUAAAAAAAAUAAAAAAAUGAGACGUUCUUUUGUAUACAUCGUAUUAUUAUCAUGGCAAUUUUUCGUGUUGCUAUUAUGUACAAUAAUAUCAGCACAAGAAUCUAGCGAGCGUAGUUUUGUUAUAACUGAUUUGAAAUUAGCAGUUACAACGUCUGACUCCGUUAGAAAACUAACUGAAAGUGUUGAAUAUCCAUCUUCACUUGAUAAACCGAUUGAAUUAUCUCACGGAGAUAAUUUAAAAAUUAUUUUCUCCCUUCGUGACAAAGAGACCAAAAAAGGAAUUCAACCUCAUCAAUCGAUGAUUAUUUUAAGUUCUAAACAAACAGAAAAUCAAAUACCAAUAAUUGUAACAGUAAGAGAUAAUGGCAAAGCUCGCGCUGAGUUAAAUAUGUUAGAUAUACCCGAAAAUCUUUUUUUAGGAAAUUAUUCUCUUAAUCUUAUAAUUGGAACUUUUUCUCAUAAUAACCCAAUUAAUUAUCAAAUUGGAACUGUUAAUAUUGAUGUUCCAUAUUUAUCCCCUGUUCUCAUUAAAUAUGGUCCAAAACCCGAAAUUCACCACAUUUUUAGACCUGAUCAAAAGUUACCUCCAACAAUUAUAUCAUAUAGUUUUGUGAUAAUCGUAUUAUUGCCCUGGUUAUUCUUAAUUGGAGCGUGGAUACAUCUUGGUGUCAAUAUUUCAUUCUUGACAAGUGAACCUGGCUCACUUCCAGUUAUAAUUAGUUUCUUGUUUACAUUAUUGGCUAUUGAAAUCUUAUUUUAUAAUUAUUGGACACAUUUAAACAUAUUUCAAACAUUAUCAUGGUUAUCUGGAUUAAGUAUUUUGGCAUUUCUCUCAGGUCAAAAAGCUCUAAGUGAUGUGCAAGGAUGGAGACUUAAAGGACUUAGAUAAUUCGAAUAUUUAGAUCUAUUAUAAUGUAAUUUAAUUUUUUCUUGAUGAUUGAUUAAAGAAACGAAUCAGCUACCUGAUAUAAUUCAAAAAGC